CACUUCUUUCGCGGUCCCUCUCGCCUUUACCAACUAGCUAUUAGGUGCGAAUCUUUCCUUCAACCCAAAGACUUCUCCUCCUCUUCUAACCCUCCACCCGUGGAUAUCGGUUGCCAAUUUCUUGCUUUCGGUUGCUUCACCCCGCAGCACACAAAAUCCAUGCCUUAGAAUCAUCAUCAUGUCCCUUCCCGGAAGCUUCCCUCCACGCCUCCUCCCACCCCUUCCUCAAUAAUUCUCUUCGAUUUCUUCUUUUGAAUGGCUUUCGCCCCCACCCAUCAUAAAUCCAAUUCCCCCCUCCUGGCGAACCUCUCCUUACUCUUUCUAUUAUCCUUUUUCCCCGCGGUCCAUCCCUAUUCCCCACAAGAUGCCAGCUGCCAAGGCCUGGAGGACCUCGAAGACCACCAGGCCAGGUGCUCCUAUCUCCAGACCCACGACCCAUGCUCGCCCUGGGGCUACAUAAACUAUCUCCGCGUCUUCUAUUGCAUUCUCGCAGAGCACCCUCUUGUGGGCUAUCUCCUCCUCUUCCUCUGGCUUCUGCUGCUGUUCUAUCUCCUGGGAAACACCGCUUCCCGCUACUUCUGCUCCUCUCUGGAGAACCUCUCCAGAGUCAUGCGGCUGCCGCCCACGAUAGCAGGGGUCACUCUCCUACCGCUGGGCAAUGGCGCCGCCGACGUCUUCGCCAGCCUCGUCUCCUUCGCGGGGUCCGGCGUCAGCGAGGUCGGCCUCAGCAGCGUGCUCGGCAGCGCAUUCUUCAUCUCCACCGUGGUGGUGGGAAUCAUCAGCAUCGGCGUCGGUUCGCGUGCCGUCGUCAUCGACCGGUCGAGCUUCAUAAGGGAUAUCUGCUUCUUGGUCGCCGCGCUUUGUUCCCUUCUCGCUUUUCUGAUCGCCGGGAGGACUCGAGCAUGGUGCUCGAUGUGCUUCGUUUCUCUCUAUAUUGUCUACAUUCUUACGGUGUGGAUCGGGCUCUGUUGCGGCGAGAAGCCUGGAGAGCUGGCGAUGCCGCUUCUAGAUAGCAUCGAAGUAGUACAAGACCCCGUCGAAGACAACACCAAAGAAACCAGCGAACACGACCGAGUUGAUCAUGAUGACAAGUCUAGUUGUUUCAAGCUCAAGCGAUCGGUUUUGUGUUGCAUUCAUGGGUUAAUUUUUCUUGUACAGAUGCCUCUUUGUCUCCCGAGGAGAUUGACGAUACCCGACGUUUCAGAGGAGAGGUGGUCGAAGCCGUUCGCAGUCGCUGCGGCCGUCUUCGCACCGCUUCUCUUAGCUACUCUCUGGAAUUCUCGGAGAGAGGAGAUAGGCUCGGAUGAGUGGCUAACAAUCUACCUUUGUGGUGGCUUGGUGGGGAUGGUGCUGGGGAUCAUCGCAGCGGAGACUGCCGAGAGACACAGCCCUCCUAGGAAGGGACUACUCCUGUGGCUUGCAGGUGGUUUCUUGAUGAGUGUGAUCUGGGCUUACAUGAUAGCUACCGAGCUGGUUGCUCUGCUGGUUUCCAUUGGUUACAUACUCGGGAUAAGGCCUCUGGUUCUGGGGCUCACCGUCCUGGCCUGGGGCAACUCACUGGGGGACCUGAUAGCCAAUGUUGCGAUAGCUGUGAAUGGUGGGAGUGAUGGAGUCCAGAUUGCCAUCUCUGGCUGCUAUGCGGGGCCUCUCUUCAACAUACUAUUCGGCUUGGGUCUGUCCCUUGUGCUGGCAUCCUGGGCCUCGCACCCAUCUCCUUUUGUGAUCCCUCGGGACCCAUCUCUCUUCGAGACAAUAGGAUUUCUUGUAGGUGGCCUGCUCUGGGCCCUUGCGAUGCUGCCAAAGAGAGGGAUGCAGCUAGAUAGGGUGUUUGGCACUGGGCUGCUGGUCAUCUACUUGUGCUUUCUGUGCUUGAGGCUUUCCGAGAGCCUUGGACUCUUGCAGCUUGGAAGCCUUCUCAAUCUAUAGACCAUAGAUAUUGACGUUCCUCGAGGUUUAAUUUGUUUUUUAAUACUUGGCCUUCUACCAAUUGGGGUCUGGUGCUAUUUUGUCCCACGCUAGCAGUCGUAAUUUGCUUGCUUGUGAUAUACGUUUUUUUCUCUGUAAAAUUAUAUAUAUUCUCUCUAAACGUAACUUUGUGAUUUAUGGGGACUUGAUUUAUGAACUAGACCCGCAAGAAAAAGUUGCCCGUAUGAGGCUUUUCUAGGUUGUAAUUUGCUGAAGGCUGUCGAUCUUGUCUCUUUGGUCUUACAGCUUUGAUAUGAAAACAUGGAGAAAGAUUUGGACCUCAAAAAGGAUUCAUGCUGGUCUUGAGAAAUCAGGGUAGCUGUUUUGGUUUAGUUUGAUGAUUGUCAUUACACAUUGCAUGUGUCCUUUGAGAAAGCCAUUUCUCUUCACACAUGAGGCAUGACCUCUGGUGAAUGUCGUCACCCAAGAGAUCGGUGCAUGUUGUUUUUUUAUUCAAUAAAAAACAGAUUAGCUUCUCUGGCA